GUCACCGAUAUUUUUAAUUUAAUCAUAGAUUCCUUCGUCUAUUGCGUGUUGACCUUUGGUUUGUGAGCAUAAAUAAACAGAUUUAUUUAGGUCAUCUUUACUGAAAUGACAGAUUACGUAUCUUCCCCGUCGGGCUUUCGAAUGCCAGCAGUCGGUCUGGGCACCUGGCAGGCUAAGCCGAAUGAAAUCGGUGAAGCAGUGGUGAAUGCAAUCAGGGCUGGUUACAAACUGAUCGACUGUGCGCCGGUCUACGGCAACGAAAGUGAAAUCGGAUGCGCCAUCAAACGCUGUAUUGAGGAGUUGAAGAUCAUUAAGCGUGAAGACCUCUUUGUUACCAGCAAGUUAUGGAGCACUAAACACAAUCCCCAAGACGUGGAGCCGGCCUUGAAGGAAUCGCUGAAAAACUUAAAGCUGGAUUACCUGGACUUGUACCUCAUUCACUGGCCUUUUGCUCUCAAAACAUGCGAUGAAGUAUUUCCCACUAACCCCGAUGGUAGUUUGAGUUUUGUUUAUGUUGACUACAAAGAAACAUGGAAGGCUAUGGAGUGUUGUGUAAGAAAGGGGCUGGUUCGUAACAUUGGUUUGUCUAAUUUCAACAGCCAGCAAAUAACUGAAAUUCUUAACGUGGCUACUAUUGAACCGGUUAAUUUGCAAAUUGAAAUUCAUCCAUACCUGCAACAAAGCAAACUCGUUGAUUUUUGCCGCCAGCACAAAAUGACAGUAACUUCCUACAGCAGCUUUGCAUCUCCACAAAAACCAUGGGAUGAUAAUAAAAACGGUCCAAUUAACAUAUUCCAGGAGCCCAUAUUGCAAAAAAUAGCGGCCAGUCACAAGAAGACAGUAGCUCAAGUCGUUCUGAGGUGGUUAAACGAAAGGAAGAUAGCUGUUGUGCCCAAGAGUGUCACCCCAUCAAGAAUCUUAGAAAAUAAUCAAAUUUUUGACUUUUGUUUGACGGAUGAAGAAAUGAAGCAGGUAAGCUCUUUGAACAGAGACUUGAGAGUGAUAAUUCCUAUUGUGGUUGACAAGGAUGGCAAAAAGAUAAAUUGGUUUGCGAGCUCCCCCCAGUUUCCAUUCAACGUUGAGUUUUGAAGCACCAGUAGAUGGGUCAGACAAUUAACAUUCGUAACAUCAAUUGGAUGCUCAUUUAAAUUAGCUCGAACCAAUUAUUACAAUUAUCAUUUAUAACCAAUUAUUCAGUUAUUAUAUUUGAAAAAUGAUUCAAGUUUUAGCUUUUUAUAUCUACCUGUUUUUUUAAAUCAAAGUUUAUUAUUUACAUAAUUUAUUAAUCAGCUUCAUAACAAUAAGAUUUUGCGACAUUUUUGUGAUGAUACGUUUUUUUCAACAAGAAAAUCAGUGCUGGAUUUAUUUUUGAAAGGCCCAAAAAUUAUCCUACCGUUUAAUAGGAUUUAAUAGGAUUUAGCAAAGUUUUCAGCAUAUUCAUUAUUAAAAUUUUUUAGCACGUCGUUUCUUAAAAUAUAAUCAGCUUCUUUACCAGGAUUUUCAAAUAUCGGAAUUUUAAGUGUCUUUGAAAAUGGUAUUUGUUGGUUUGUCCUAUGUAUAUAGAAUUUGCCAAGGCUUACAAUCUUUGUCAUUGAUAUUUUCAAGUGUUUUUAUAUAAAUGUUAUAUCCCUGAUCAUUA